UUUCCUGGAUUCUUCCCGGUCCGAGUCUCCAGACCCCGGGGACGUCGUCUUAUCCCAGAAGGUGAAGGUGGCGUUCGGCCGGCAGCGGGUGGAGGUGUCGUGAGGUGGGCUCCGACAUGGUGCUGAUGGGCGAGCAGGCAGAGCGACCUUUGACACCGCCGACGGCCACGGAGCAACUUCUCCACCCCCGGGGGAGUCGUUGUGAAGCGGAGAAUGACGCUCAGAAGAGACGAAGGAGACCCACAGACCUCCAGCUGUGUCUGGACAACGAACCGGAACCCUGCGAGAUCUGUAAAAAGACCACCGGAACCAGCCUGACACCCGGUAAGCAGCUCUCGCCGGCGCCCAGCCCCGGCAGGAAGACGUCGCCGUCCAGCCAGCUGUCCAAGACCAACGUGCACUUUCACAAGCUCUUCAAGGAAGUGGGCAGAGACGAGGCGCUCAAGCAAAGUUACACCUGCGCCCUGCAGAGGGACAUCUUGUAUCAGGGAAGGAUGUUCCUCUCCCAGAACUGGAUCUGCUUCCAUUCCAAGGUCUUUGGCAGGGAUACCAAGAUCGCCAUCCCGGCGGCGUCGGUGACGUUGAUCAAGAAAACCAAAACGGCGCUGCUGGUGCCGAACGCCCUGGUCAUCCAAAGCACCCAGGAGCAGCACGUCUUUGUGUCCUUCCUGUCUCGCAACGCCACCUACAAGUUCCUGCACUCCGUCUGCGUCCACCUGGAGGUGGAGAAGAUGUGCGGCAGAGACGCCGCGUCCUCCUGCCAGGACGGCUUCCGAGUCAAGGUGGCGUCGUCCCUUCCUCUGAGGCGGCAGGAGAUGAUGGAGAGCAGCAGCUCCGGAUCCCAGACUCCCGAUGACGACAAAAUGAGCGACUUCACAGGCCUCCCCUUUGUCAAAAGCGGGAAGGUGUCCGUCCUCGCCGACGUUCACCUCCAACCGAGCCCAAAGAGCAAGGCCAGCAACGGUUCGCCGGCCGGGGAGGUACCACGGGUGGGCAAAGCCUGGCCUCAUGUGACCUUGCACUCCAUCCUACUCAUCUAUUUGUUUCUGGCCGGCGUCCUCGUGGCGUCCUCCUGUUACAUGGCUUUCAAGAUGGUGGUCCUGGAGCAUCGUUUGAACUCCAUGUUGGCGGCGAGGGAACACAUGCACGGCCAAAACGUGGCGAGGCCUCAGGACGCUGAGAUCUUCGGAGAACUCUCCACCAACCUCUUCAAGCUGGAGAAGAUUCGAAGAAACCUGCAGAGGCUGCUCGAGGACACCUAAAGGAGAAAGUGGUCAUGUGACCUGCUGACUGACGCCUUUGGUCUCAGCUUUGAAAAGAACUUGUGCAAUAACAUCUUCUCCUUUGCCCCACUCAGGACCCACGCCAAGUAUUUAUAUCACAGUACAGUAGAGUAUUUAUUAGUGGUGCACCAUAUCAGGGAAUUAUGUCAUCAUACAGAUAAAUCUCAUAAUCCGGUAAGCAAUAAUUUUAAGUACGAGAAUACCCGUACUGUGUGGGUGAGCAAAUCAUGCGCUCCUUUUCCUCCUGUCUGUGACGUCGUAAAACUUUAUCAGCCACCUGAUAAAGCGGCUGCUCGGAGCGUGUGCCCGAAUACAGUGCACCUUGCAGUAGGUGGCUCCCCCCUCUGUACUCUGUACUCAUUAGGACACAUCAGCAGGUACUCAUUUCCUCCAGUCCUUCUUACUUCCAGGUGUACACAUUUAAAAAGUACAUCGUCAUCAGUAGAAUCUCUGUCUUGAGUAGCAAAAUGUCCUGGAUAUGGGUUUGAAGUAAAAGCUAGCUAUGGUGCAUAUGUAGUAUUUAUGUAGCAUUGUAUUUUCAUCAUUUCAAAGUUUUCUAUGCUGAUCUUAUGUUCUGAAAUUGCUCUUAAAUGAUGUUCUAUAUCUAUAAAAAGUAGUCUAUAUGUAAUAAUAGUAGUGAUAAUGUGAUUUCAUGUGCAAUCGUGUAUGUUUAUGACUAGAUACUAGUUACUACGACGUUAGUAUUUCUUGUUUUAAGUCAGUAUGUAGUUUGCCACUCUUGAUAUCGCGUAUUA